AAUGUGUAUUCGAUAUUCGCGAACAUCACCUUGCGUCGAUACGACGGAUCAUCGCGCGACGCGAAUGGUCCCCGGAGUGGAGAACAUAACCGGGUGCAGUAGAUAAAAUCCUUGCGUCGGCCACAGUCAGUCAAUAACUGGUCCCCGGAUAGCUCGCAAUCGUGACCACAUCGUCCAAGCACAUCCCGCGCCGCGAACUGAGAAGCUUGCGAGCGUCCCGCGCGAAAAAUAUUCUCGCGCGCUCGUUCGAUGAGGAUAUUUGAUCGUGUGGCGGAGGCUCGAUCAUACUCACGAGACGCCUUGUAUCCACCGCGAGAUCCCUCGAAUCGCACAGCCGGUAUUUAAACAGGCACUUCCGAGACUUGGAGGUGUUUGACGAGAAAGAAAAAGAAACAAUCAGGAAACGACAGUUGCAACGCUCGGAAUUUUCCGAUCCUACCGUACAUCUGGAUGUUUGUGCUUCGUUCGAAUCGCAGAGAGGGAGAGAGAGAGAAGGAGGAGAGGAGAAAUCGCUCAGACGCAGAGAUUACAAACGUUCACAGCUGAUAUUUGAAAAAAAUACGAGACCUCGCGUGAGUGUGGAAUCAUCGAGAGAAUUGUUCGAACAGUCGGUUCAGAGAAUCGAGCAAAUGACGGCAUUUAUUUAUUGUGAUAUGCGUGGCGAUAUUGUGUCUUAAAAAAGAAAACGAAAAAUAGCAGAAAGAGAGGCAAGUCUUAUGAAAGGCUGCGUUAGUAGUAGCACGAAGUAGUCAGUUAAUUACACUCUGUGCAACUAGACGCUUUUGUGUCAUUUAAACAGCCGGAGUAGCGCGCGGUUAAUGAAUGUGACUUAAGGUAUCCGUGACGCGACAGCGAAUUCAUCGUCGAUUAUAUAAACCGUUUGUAAGCGAUAAUACAAAGAAUCGAAGGCUAGAUAUGACAGAGAAUAUUAAUAAUUAUUAACGAUAUUAGCGAGUGGAAGUUCGAAUUGAAAUAAGACAGAAACAGAGCGAUACUCGCGAGAGAUUAAAAUUAUCGAUACCUCUUCGAAACUGUCUGUUUUACGCUCAAGUAAAUUACAUGAUAAAAGUGCGACGUUUAUUGCGAAUUAAUAUCACACGUAUUAUUCGAUCGACGUGAUUAAUAGUCGGAUUCGUAAGCACGGGAACACAAAGAAGUCAUCAUGAAGAACAACAGUGUGGACGCGGUAAAUAACCCGAACAUCAGUAUUAAUACAUCGACAUGUGUGGAAGUCAAGGAAGAACCCGAUGCCAACGAAAGAAAGAGGCGAGAACGGAAAGGAGUAAUUUAUCAAGUGCUGAUGGGUUUAUGCGCCAAUGUUUCGAUAAUAGGACCAGCGAUGGGUUUCGGUUUCAGCGCCGUGACACUAGGCCCGCUAACCUCGCCAACCGGUGACAUGCAACUCGACGUUGAUCAAGCGAACUGGAUUGCGACCGCAGCGGCGCUGGGUACGCCCGUCGGCUGCUUACUCACAAGCGUCACGAUGAGACGAGGGAGAAGAGUCAGCUUGCUCGUGACGGCGCUGCUCUCGAUGGCGGGUUGGAUCACGAUCUACCUGUCAAUUAAUUACGAGCAAAUCUUGGUAGGCAGAGUGAUCUCCGGAGUGGCCACCGGUAUGGCCUCGGUGCCGGCAACGGUGUACGUGGCGGAAAUAGCGGGUCCGAAGUUGCGGAGCACGAUGGUCACAUGGACCAGUAUCUCGAUCGCCUUAGGUGUCCUCAUCGUUUACAUCUUCGGGUAUGUUUUCAAGGACAACUGGCGAAUGGUGUCUUUAAUGUGCACACUGUUCCCACUGCUGUCGAUCGCCCUCACUUUGCUGGUGACACCUGAGUCUCCAUUGUGGCUGCGGGACCAGAAUCGUACGAAUGAGGCGUUGGAGAUCCUCAAGAAGUUCCGCGGCGUGCCGAAGGACGACGCGCCGCCACCCGAGGUCCUUUACGAGUUGAAACCACGACCGCAGAAGAAGAAGCAGAACCUGUUCAAACAUCUAAUGAAGAGGAACGCCAUGAUGCCGUUUGCCAUCAUGCUCAGCUACUUCUUUUUCCAGCAAUUCUCCGGGAUUUUCGUUGUCAUAUAUUACGCCGUCGACAUCAUCGCGAGCUCAGGGGUCCAGCUGGAUCCUUACCUCGGCGCCGUCCUGAUCGGCAUAACUCGUUUCAUCGGCAGUCUCCUGGUGGCCAGUGUAUCCAGGAAAUACGGCCGGCGGAUCCCGUCGAUCUUCUCUGGCAUUGGUAUGGGGAUCUUCAUGGGCGGAUUGUCGCUCUACCUCUUUCUUGAAAACAAAGGAUACGUCAUCGCGGACAGUGGAGUGAUCCCGACGGUGUGUGUGCUCAUGUACAUAUUCACGAGUACAUUGGGGUACCUGGUGAUCCCCUUCGCCAUGGUGGGCGAAGUGUUCCCGGCCAAGGUCAAGGACAUAUUGUCCGGCCUGACGACUUCUAUCGCCUACGUCUUCAGUUCGGUUACCGUUAAGACGUACCCGAAUAUGUUGGAGUCGAUGGGCAAGGAUGGUGUGUUUCUCUUCUUCGCAGUGAUAUCCUUCAUCGGCGUUGUGUUCGUCACAAUGUACUUGCCUGAGACAAAGGGAAAGACCCUGCACGAAAUCGAGGACAUGUUCUCGAAGAAGAAGAAUACCUUCGAGUUGCAGCCGACGGAGACGGUGGUAGGCCCAAAGGACACCUCUGUCGGCCUGUUAGUAAACUAAAAAUAUUUAUUGCAUAUAAUUACAAGGAGCAGCAAUAAAAAUAAUAACGUUGAGGAUUCGGAAGAAGAGCUCGGCGCGCGCGACUGCGUAAAUAUUGCACGACCAAUGGAAGAAAUAACACGAAUAAGACGCCGCUGUGAUACUUCUAUGUGCGGUUUCAAAAGUCAAAUCUUUUUUUUUUUACAUGUACAUUAUUUUAAGGCGUAGAAAAAGAAGUUGAAAUGCGGAAAUGUUUGCAUAUCGUUAGCAAAGAGAACUAGUUACAUGAUGUAAUUGUAAGAACAAGGUUGUCACUUAAAUGGAAAUUCCGCUAUCUAAAGGUGUACGCCUCUACCUACCUACUUUCAUUUGUGAGAAGCGAUAACGCAAAUGGUGCCAUUUAUUGAUACUUAAUUUGAUAUGUAAAAUAUGUAUGUGAAUUAUGAUAAGAUUAGAUAUUCUCUAGUCUGACAAACACAAGAGAGAAAGAGUGUGUGUGUGUGUGAGAGAGCGAUUCGUAAUCUCAGAAAUGACAUUUCGAGCGGCAUACAUGUAUUAUUAUUAUUAUUAUUGUUACUAUUAUAUAUUGAUAUUUCGUGAUUUAACGCACUUGCCGGUCAAUAGCGUAAGUGCAGAUAGAUGUCUGAUUUAAAGCUCCAAUUUUUCGAUAACAUCAUAUUGCGGAAAAUACUCUCCCGUCAUACAGGAAGGCAGAUUAAAAUCUUACGAUAGUAUCGCUUAAAAUCUAGAUGAAUCGAAUUUUAUACGCCAACCUACUUCGAAUGAUAACGCGCGAGACAUAUUCGAUAACGCGAAUAUAAUUAAUAAAAUUAUGUCAUUAAUGAAAUUAUAUUGUCAUCACGGAGUGAGAAACGCCGCGUUGAACGUUCGGAGAAUCGCACUCAAACGGAAGUCCUUAUCUGAAUACCAAAGGUUGUUAGGAUGCUUAAUUAAACAAGUAAAUAUCUUGUUUGUGCUUGCAACGCGCCUUUCGCGAAUUCACGCGGAUUUACGCGGAUCAAACUUGACUAUUCUUCGAGAAAAAUCGCUGAAUGGCGAUCACGAUUAAGAACUAAUCGAUAAUAACAAAGAUACGCGUUUAUAUGAGCGACUGUCACUGAUACGUAAUAUUAUCUAUACAAGGUUAGAGAGUGCUCUAAUACUUGCGAUAAUAAAUACCCGGGAGUUGUGGAUGGUCAUCCUCUAAUAGCCUAUCGUUACGAACACAAUCAUUUCUUUUUGUAUGAUGUAUUUUUUUGCAUUGCGAAAUCGAGAGCGACAGUGACCAGGAAUGUUUUCGAGCGAUAAACUGUAAGAUACGAAUAAAGAAUUAAUUAAUUUAUAAUCUAUAAUUUAUGAUCUAUUUACGACGUGUACCGAGAAGGUAGACUUAUAACGACAAUAAUAAAAGCAUAUAUAUGCGCAUUUCAUA